AUGUGGCCGUUCUCCAGCGACAAGGACUCCACACAGGUGUCCAAAGAGCUCCCAGAAGAUCUAGGAGCGUUCUUCGAGCAGGCUAAUCCAGAAACAUCGCAACAAUCCAAAUUUGAAGUUUCUCCCCAACAGAACAAAGUCAACUCUAUUCUUCGCCAGCGUGAAAAACAACCAUAUUCCCACGAAUUCGAUCAAUAUAAAAGGCGGGAAACCCUCAAAAGUGCCACCCAGGUCAACUGUGCCGAGAUCCAACAACAGGUGGUAGAGUGUCUUCGUGGAUGGAAUUUGACACUGAGUAACCGAUGCGAAGCUGAGAUCAAAACCCACACAAAAUGUGUUGAAACCCAGACACGGGCGCUCAAACAGCUCUUCUACGAGGACUGUGUAGAUGUAGAGCAGUGUAAGAAGAUACGAUACGUGGUGGAUAAGUUAUUUGUGGACAAUUACGGCCAAUACGGCGAGCAUAUAAAUGACGAAGAGAGCAGUAUAAAGUUUAACAGUGGAGUGGAAAAUGCAUUUGCCAAAAUAUGGCGCUAG